CCUCCCUCCCGCCCGCCCGCCCGCCGCCGCUCCCGCGCCUCCAUUCGGCUCCGCCGCCGCCCGCCGAGGAGGGGACAGCGACAGUCGGGAGCACGGGAGAGGGACGCACCCUCCCCCGCCGCCAACCCGUUUCCUCCUCCUUCUCCUCCUCCCCCGCCUCCGCCUCCGCCUCCCGGCCGGGAAGAGCUCGCCGUGCCCGCUGCAGCCCCGCUGGAUGCACUGAGCGCUCGGGCGCGGGGAGAGAGGGGCAGGAGGGAGCCGGGAGCCCCGCCGCGGAGGCGCUGUGCUACCCGGAGCCUCACGGCCAUUUGCUUUAAUUCUUUUAUUGCCCCCCGGCCGCCUCCUCCUUUCUGCCCGCGGGAGCCAGUCGAGGCGGCGGGGGCUGCAUCCCCCCUCCCCCCUUUUUUUUUUUUUUCAUUUUUUUUUUAAAUUUUCAUCGCCGCCAUGGGAUGUACCCUGAGUGCUGAGGAAAGAGCCGCCCUGGAGCGGAGCAAGGCCAUCGAGAAGAACCUGAAGGAGGACGGGAUCAGCGCGGCCAAAGACGUGAAACUACUCCUGCUCGGAGCCGGGGAGUCGGGAAAAAGCACCAUCGUGAAGCAAAUGAAGAUCAUCCAUGAGGAUGGCUUCUCUGGAGAAGAUGUGAAGCAGUACAAGCCAGUGGUCUACAGCAACACUAUCCAGUCCCUGGCAGCCAUCGUCCGUGCCAUGGACACCCUGGGCAUCGAGUACGGCGACAAGGAGCGACGGGCUGAUGCCAAGAUGGUCUGCGAUGUCGUAAGUCGGAUGGAGGACACAGAGCCCUUCUCCCCAGAGCUGCUGUCAGCUAUGAUGAGGCUCUGGGCAGACUCUGGGAUCCAGGAAUGCUUCAACCGGUCCCGGGAAUAUCAGCUCAACGACUCAGCCCAGUACUACCUAGACAGCUUAGAUCGAAUUGGAGCUGCAGACUACCAGCCUACGGAGCAGGAUAUCCUCCGAACCAGGGUCAAAACAACUGGCAUCGUAGAAACCCAUUUCACAUUCAAAAACCUCCACUUCAGGCUCUUCGAUGUCGGGGGCCAGCGGUCAGAGCGCAAGAAGUGGAUCCACUGCUUUGAGGACGUCACAGCGAUCAUCUUCUGCGUGGCGCUCAGUGGCUACGACCAGGUGCUCCAUGAAGACGAAACCACGAACCGCAUGCACGAGUCUCUGAAGCUUUUUGACAGCAUCUGCAACAACAAGUGGUUCACAGAUACAUCUAUCAUCCUGUUUCUAAACAAGAAGGACAUAUUUGAGGAAAAAAUUAAGAAAUCUCCACUGAGUAUCUGCUUUCCUGAGUACACAGGCCCCAACGCUUUCACGGAGGGGGUGGCGUACAUCCAGAGCCAGUACGAGAGCAAGAACAAGUCGGCCAACAAGGAGAUCUACACUCACAUCACCUGCGCCACCGACACCAACAACAUCCAGUUCGUGUUCGACGCCGUCACGGACGUCAUCAUCGCCAACAACCUGCGGGGGUGUGGACUCUACUGAAGGCCCUCCUCCUCCUCCUCCUUCUUCCUCCUCCUCCUCCUCCUCCUCCUCUCCUGGCACCGCCCGGAGCAUCCUCCGCUCCCGCGGACAGGUCCUCCCUUUCCUUGGUUUUUCCUCCUCAGAAGAUGACAAGGAAGAAAUGCAUAAUUCCCUCCUCUUGUCCCAGAAAACUCUGCAGCAGCAAGUUCUACUUUCCCCAGACCCAUUUUAUUUUAUUUUGGUUCAUUUUUUGGUUCAUUCCCUUGCUGCCCCAUUCUACUCCUCCGUUCCAAUUCACAGUGUUGUGCAGGGAGCUAACGCAUUUCCCACGAAGUGCAUUUCAACUGCCAAAAGACAAAAAUACUUCAGUUUUAAAGAGAGAAAAAAAAAUCAAAGCCUUAAAAUACUGGUCAGGAACAGUGUAGUUUGGAACCAAAAUUUCUAUUUUGCCUUGAAAAUUAAGGGAUAUUGUUCAUUCUCCUGGUUAUUUGCCUUUUUUAAAAAAUGCAACUCCUUUGGGAAGUGCUAAAUACAACCUGACCAUUUUGAGGGUACCUUACAGCUCCAGUUCUGACCCCUGAGCUGGAGGGUUUGGUGUUAAAUGCAGCUACCAUAGCUUGGAUUUGUACAUUCUCCUUUUUUCCAGACAGCUAUUUGAACAAGUAAAACAGCCAUAUUGAGUUCUGCUGGUGUCUGAGUAACAGGGACACAGUAACAAAGCCUACUAAGCCUUGUCUAAAAGCAUUCAUUACUGGUAGCAGUUUUACCUCAAGUUUUUCAAAAUUAAUGAUAAAAUUUAUCUAGUGGUUGCUGUAACCCAUUUCUGAGGCACUUCCAUGGGGGCCAUGGAGGCACUGAGCUGGGAUCUCUGGAAUGUAGGCAGUGAAGAUGCCCCAGGAAUGGUUUCCUGAUGGAGACUCAACACUCAGCGGCAUCCUGACAAGGAAUCCAGCCUGGGGACCUUUCCCACAGCACCUCCCAGCCUUAGUGAUUCAGCAGAGGUGGUGCUCCUGCAAACACACAGCAUCACUUUCCAAACUUCAGCCUUGAAAUGCUGAGAAAUAAAAAAUAUUUAGCCCUGUCUUCUUGUAGGGAGAGUCUGAACAUCAAGUGCCUGAGAUGGGAAAGGUGCUCUGAGAAACCUCCCCAUGCUUGGGCAGCAGCAAAGUGUGCAAGAACCUCGUGGCCCUUCACUGCCCCUUGGGCAUCUGAACCCCUUGAGAAGCACAACCAGGUACUCUGAGCCUCCUUGGCUGAGCACAAGCCAGUGGCUUUCCUGUGUCACCUCCUGCCUGAGUGUCCCAGAGACAGCUCCAGGGUUGGUGUCUCUGGUCAGGGCAUCUCUACCAGGAUUGAGAUGGAUGGUUAACACUGGCAAAGGACAGCAAGUGAUGGAGUAGGAAGGAAAAGUGCAAGGGAAGGAAGAAGGAAGGGGAGGAGUGAGAAGGAUGAGGGUAGCACCCAGCACAGCAAAACUGGGGGCUCAGAGAGGACAAAUGCAGGUGGGCUGAGGUAUGUGUGGCCACCACCAAGAACUCUGGGUGCUGCUGAGUCAAAGGCAGAAGGGAGUGUGAGAAGUGGGGUGUCACCUCUAGGGACAUGCAGGGACUCUUAGAAGUCCACUCCAAAAGCUUGUUAGUUGCCUGAGUGAGACAACCACCUCUGAGGUCCCACUCAGGGCCCACCUCACCUGGGGGCAGGUGGGCAGUGUUGAUCCAUCCCUGCCUCUUCUCUGCCUCUCUUAGAAGUCCAUUAUCUUGAAAAACAUGAAUCUUUGCAGGCUGGCCAGAAGUUCAACUGUUCUCUCUUGGGAGCCUGAGCUAGGAGUGGCUUUCAGGUCUCAGGAGGUCUCCUCAGGGCUGUGGUUGAGAGGGACAAUAUCUCUUCUCACUGUGCUCAUUUAGGAGAGAGGCUGUGAGAGCAGCCCCGAGCAGCACAGCCCGAAGGGAAGGGGCCAGGUGAGAGUCAGUGUGCAGGAGGCAGUGACAGGAACACAUAUGGUGGCACAGCAGGGAGAGGACAGGGGGAGAGGCUUAGGGAUGUUUUGAGAGACAAGCUGCACAAGAGAGAUGAGGCAGCUUGAGACAGCAGGAAGGAUGGGAAGAGAAGGGCACCUGGAAGCCAGAGCAGAGUCCCCGUCAGGGGCUGUGCUCUGCCAGAACAGUAUUUGUGGGACAUUUGUGACAAAUCCCCAGCCAGGGAUGUGAGCAAGCAGGGAAGGCCUGCAGAGGAAAAUGAGGUGUCUGUCACCCAUCCAGCCAGCUACAGCCCAGCAUGGCAGGUAACUGCCAGUAACCCCUAGAGAGCAUUAAAUGAUGCAUUUGCUAUUGUGCAGCAAGGACCUGCUGCUGCUCUGCUGGGCACUAACAGCAAUAACACAACUCCCUGCCUCCCCUGCUCCGGCACAAGCCAGCACCCACCUUUCUCUUCACCAUCUCAGCCUUAAAAUGCCUCCAAUGACAUCAGCUCCUGCAAAGAGCUGGCUAAAACCAGGAGCUCCUCCCUGCUCCUCUCAUGCCACAGCCCACCCACACAUCUGUCUGAGCCCCAGCAGGAACAUCCAGCAUCCACGUGGGUGUUGUGUCAAAUCAGGGCAGAAAAACCACACAUUGGUUACAUUUGGUACCUACACUGUGUAACCACUGGGCCCGGAGUGAUGAUGGCUGGUGCUAGCAGGGAUGCAGGUCUUUUAUUAAGCUCUAUAAGAAGAGUUUGAUCAGAAGCACUGGAGUUUUGGAGAUGUUCUGUUCCCACCCCUUGCUGUGAAUGAUGUUUUAGCCAAGCAAAUAAGUAACAGAAGCCGUUCCCAGGGAAGGCAGCACCACACCAAGACUUUGUGACCUCCCAGCAUAAAGCACACAGGAAUAUUUUGGUAAAGACAAUUUAAAUUAACUUUUAACUCUGCCAAAUGCAGUCAAGUAGCCAGUGCUGGCUCAGUGCACUUUUACUGCUCCCCAGGCUGGAUUCAGAUAACCCAUUCCCAGCUUUGGGAGGUCCAAGCCCCCUCUGCUGCCCCAGCAGGUCCCUGCCACAUUGAUGACCAUCAACAGCUGGUGCCCCAUGGGGAGAAAAGGGAGAAAAAGCAGAGGAAAUGUUGCCACAAAGAGCCUCUUCUUUCAUUUUCUUUGGCACAUUGUGUGUCUAAAGCUUCAUCUCAGCUGCGGCUGCUGACAUUCCCUCCCUCACACGAGUGUCAUGAGGAUUCACUGACAAAUGCUGGAAGCAGCCUUUGGAAGAUGAAAUGCUUCCAGUGUUAAACACUACUAUUUCUCCUGCUUGAUGGCCGUGUAUAGAUCUUUGUCUGCAGAGCGCCUGCCAAAUCAUUACUCAUUGCUGGCUUCUGCAUCCUCUGAAGCCCUUCCUGACAGAUGUGCCUUCUGCAGGCAAUCUUCUGCCCCAUGCUUUUUCUAAACACCAGCAAUUCUUGCAGCAGUUGCCUAAAAAGUACCUUUAAAUGCAUAGCCUGCUUUCAAAAGCCUUUUCUUAACAGCCCCUUGUGCUUUGCAAUUGCUGUGCUCUGAAUCCAGACCCUUGCAGGUCCAGAGCUGUGUUUGUUUGCAGUCUCCACAUAGCAGGGACAGUGCAACUGGUACAGCUGCAUCAGAAAAUCAGAAAUCCUACCAGGGCAUGGAGGAUAGAUUUUAAAAGCACAAAAUGGAAACAGCUAUGUAUACACCCUGCUGCCCUUCAAAGCUAAUGUGGGAAUUUGCAAAAAAAAAAAAAAAAAAAAAAAAAAAAACCUGUUUGGGAUGCAGAAGGUUUUUAAUGACUCAGGUCACUGUUCCAGCAGCAGAAGCAUCCAAAGGGUGUCAGCAUUGAAAGCAGCAUUAGCAACUCGUGAUGAGCUUCAGACAGCAGCAAAA